AUGCUCGGGAAUGCCAUGGAGUUCGUGCUCCGGCUACGUUUGGUCUCGCAAUAUUACAACAGUGAAAACCCGAUGCCAAUCCAAUUCCGCAUUGAAGUGGCGAAGCUCAUCAAGGAGCUCGCCAGGGUUUUCCUUUCUGUCGAGAACCGCCACCGCAGGGAACACAACAUCUCUGGACGGGAACGCUUCGAGCGCCGUCCGGGUGCGGCUGCGUAUGGGGAUUUUGUGGCCACCCGUGAAGCGGCACACUUGCCACAGGAGGAGUUGCAAGAGGGUUGGCUUUCUCUUGCACCUGGUGACGCGGGAUACGACGAGUGGAAAACGGCGAAGACCAAGUUCCACGCCGACUUGGCUGCUCUAAUCGGCGUGGCACGUUUGCAGAUUGCCAAUGACUCCGAGGGAGGUGCCUUGGGGCUCCUUUAG